AAAAGUUUUGGGCUUUAGGUGCAAGAUAGCAGAAGAACCCUACGAAUCGAUUUCGUUUGGUAUAACCGGUUUUGAUUUCUGGCUCGGCCGUUAUCUUCUAAAUCCGAAAGAAGAUUUGUGGGAGGAAAAGAGCACUUCGGUGCGGCUUUUGGCGGGUGAUUUAAGUGCUGCAGGAGAGUGCAGGUAAAUGUGUAUCGGAAUUCGGUUGGGUUUCUCUCAAAUCACGUUUCCCUCGUAGUGUUUUCGUUGAAAUGGGAUAACUUUGAUGUUAGUUGGUGGGUUAGGCUUGUUCCGCUUUGCUGCUUCUCAGAUGCACAUAACCUGUUUGAUGGUUUGCCCCUGUCAAGAAUGGGUCUGGUUACAGUAGUGUAGAUAGCUUUCUGUUAACUCCUAGGUGAUACAUUGGCGUUUGCUGUGGAUUCAUACUUGAUUGGGUUUACUUUUUCGUUGAAGAUCCUUACUUUGCUGUUCUCUGACCAGAGAUGAGUCGAUUCAAAUUAUCUUCCAUCCUCAAACGAAAGCGCCCGGACUCAACCUCAACCUCUCAGGGCUUGACCGAUCAAGAGCAAAUCGUCUACAAGGUGAUCCACGAAAAAGAGAAUAUGGGAAUGUGGUUGCGAGACAUCAAGCGACGAUCGAAUCUCCAAGACGCCAUUGUCAACAAAUCCAUCAUUUCCCUCCAGGCCAAGAACAUGAUCAAGGAAGUGGUCAACGUCAAGAACAAGGGGAAGAAGCACUACAUGGCAGUCGAGUUUGAACCUUCCACGGAACUUACAGGUGGGGCGUUUUACGACGAUGGGAUCCUCAAUGUGGAGUUCAUCAACAUCAUGAAAAAGAUUUGCUUACAGAAGAUUAAACAGCUGAAGGUGGCUACACUGGAGAGUGUGCUGCAGCAGAUCAAGACCAGCGGGGCGAUCAAGGCCGAUUUGAAGGAGCAUCACUUUGAAGAGAUAUUGGGUGCUCUGGUUCUGGACAACGAGGUGAUGGAAGUGAAGAGCAACGGGAUGGGGGAGUUUGGUGCUAUACCGGAGGGGAAAGUUUGCUACAAGGCUUUUGGUAAGCAAAGAGUUGGAGCUGCUGCAGAGCCUGGGAUUGGGGCGAUGGCGUCCAUGCCUUGUGGGGUAUGUCCAAGGAUACGUAGCUGUACUCCUGAUGGUGUCGUCUCUCCCAGUACUUGUGUCUACUUCCAGAAGUGGCUCGAGUUUUGAAAAUCGACAAAGCUAUGGUUACAGUGGAAAUGGUAAAUACAACUCCUCUGCCUUCAUGAUUUGGAGCUUCAAUGGCUUACUUAUGGUGCAAGUAUCGAAUAGGCUAGCAGCAGUUGUCCUCAGCUUUCUGGAGGUAGAAACACCAUGUUCUCUGUGCAGGGGAUCAAACUUCAAAGUAUGCUACUUUGAAGACCUUUUGUUUUUUCCUCUUUGGUUCUACUAGUUUGGGUUAAUUUUGGUGCCUACCCAUGAUGAUGAUCUUGCCAACAAUCAUCUAACAAAAUAAGUUGUACUAGUUAUAAGUAGAUAUAUAAGAUGUUUUUUAAUUGCUCCAGAAAGCAGCUUAAAGACAAAAUCGAAAAAGAUACGUUCAUGUUCCUCAUUAACGACUUAUUAUGAUGUUAUUUAAUAGUAUUCUUAAUUUUCGUAUAACAAUAACGGUAAUCGCCAAUUUAUUAGUUAACCUAGUUAUAAUUCCGAUAUAUUAUCAUGUUACUCAUUUAACGGUCAAUAUGAGAGUUGACUGCCACAUAGGAAGAGCAUAACAGAAUAAGUUGUCGAAAUCAGAAACCAUACACUAAGAAUGAAAUUAUAAUGCAAGAUCGAAUCCAGCAUCGUCCUCGCGUGCAAGGCUACUAACACAACAAAAUAAGUUGUCGAAGUGAUUAUAAAAGAAACGAGACAUGUAUGAAGCAUUACUCAACUAAACAAUAUUUGUGCAACCGUACGCGACAUCAAACUGGAGAGAUCAACGAAGUUGAUGAUCAAGGCUAUUCAUUAUAUUAAAACUGUGAAAAGACUAGAUGAUAUCCAUGGUGAAAUCAUGGCAAAAACCCCUAUCGAGGUUGACAAUCCAAUACUCGAUUCAACCAAUAUGCAUGCAAUAUAGUACGAUGUCGUAAACACCGUUAAUUAGUUUACUAAGCAUGCACACAGACACAAGAUUGCUCUCUAAACCCUAACAGUAGAAGUCACAAAUGCAUAUACAGCCUAAUUAAAGCACAUAGCGAUGAUCAUAACUAACAAGCAGAAGGAAGUGAUUGAUGAUUACCCGUUAUCGAGAGGGAGUCGUAAUUAUUGCUUUGUUAGCUUUGAACCAAACUGUCUCGCCUAAUUCGGUUCGCGCGUCUCCAUCUGAAAUUUUAUCAAAGUGAUAAUAAUGAAUGAAAUGUUGCUAGACUAGAUCAAGAAGGCCACAUGCCUCCAUGGAUAUAUAGGUAUUAAUUAAGUUAGCUGCCACAUUCUCCUCCAUUGUCAUCACCAGCUCUACCAUCUUGAUCUUGAGAAAAAUGCGUCGUAGUCCAAUUCAACAACACAAUUUGAAUUCAUAAAGAGAAUUGUCUCGCCUAAUUCGUUCGCUCUCGCGUCUCCAUCCGAAAUUUUAUCAAAAUGAUAAUAAUAAAUUUUUCCCGUCUCAUGAAAAAAGUUGAUGACGUUUGAGUUUGUUUUCAACCGAUAUAAUUAAGAACUCAUCAAGCUAGCAUUCAACUUUGCAUCACUCACAUGUUUUGCCAUCCCUAGUCUCUAAUUUUCUUCCCCUUUUUCUGGACACAUGUAAUAACAUUUCUACAUGUGGUUGUAACUAAAAGAAUAAGUUUCAAAAUUCAAA